GGAGAACUUACUGUUUAUUCUACAUAUUGUACCUGAAUAUCAAAUAUAAUGUCUCACUGAGAAAGAAAUGAGCGAUUUGUCUUAUGAAGGUACAUCCUAGACUGCAGAGAAGGACCUGAAAGGCCAUAAGAGUAGUGCAUUAAUGGGUGUCGUGUUGGAGAAAAGCCCCUGAUAUGAUGGCAUCAAUGCUGCAGGGCAGAAAACAGAGCAAGUGAACAAAUGCUAUCAGCAUUGGCCAAAAAGAAAACAAACAGGAUCGCUAUCUCUGCAAGAGUGGCCCGAAGCACAUACACACACAUAAUAGCACAGAUACACCGAUACACGCAGGUAUAAAAGUCAACGUUCAAGCGGCAGCAGCACACCUGAACACUGACCAACUGCAAAGACAGAGGUGAGGAAACAUGAUGGAGGAAAAGGGGAAAGAAAACGGCAUAGCAGCUAUGGCAGCCUGCUACCAGAAAUUUGAUCCCGCAGCAUAUUUGCAGUACAACUACACUCCACCACGCGCUGAUUUUGCAAGAAAAGACAGCAUCGUGCCUUGGAAACUGGCCUGUUUACACAGAGCUUUCACCGAAGGGGAUGUGAGCGGUGAGCUCCUGGUGGACAUCGGAUCAGGUCCCACUUUUUAUCAGGUGAUGAGUGGCUGUGAAGUUUUCAACAAACUGAUCCUGACAGAUUUCUUGGAGAUCAACCGACGGGAGCUGCGGCGCUGGCUUCAGGAUGAGGGAGGAUGCAGCCUGGACUGGACUCCCUACCUGGAGCAUGUCUGCAAGCUGGAGGGCCGACGGUCCUCAGCUUGGCCUGAGAAGGCUAACCGGCUGCGUCAGGUCGUGUCGGACAUCCUUCCGGUUGACGUGCACUGUUCCCAGCCUGUGGCUCCGGACUCGCUUCCGUCAACCGGGGCCGACUGCCUGGUGUCCUGCUUCUGCCUGGAGAGCGUCAGCCCCGACCUCCCCGCCUUCACCAGGGCGCUGGGUCACAUCGGGAAGCUGCUUCAUCCCGGAGGCCACCUGAUGCUGAUCGGAGCCCUGGGAGAGAGUUAUUAUUUCGGUGGUCCAGGGGUGAGGAUCCCCGUGGUCCCCCUGAAUGAAGCCCAGGUCUGUGAGAGUUUGAGGGAAACCGGUUACACCCUGAUCAGGCUUGAAGUCUACACUCUGCCUCAGGAUAUGCGGGUUGGAGUCGAUGAUGUGACUGGGGUGUUUUUCGUAAAGGCGAAGAAGGAUUAAUUGAGGUCACUGGCAUUUGCUGCUUAUUAGUCAAAUAUAAGUUGAGCAGUCAAAUAAAUUCACAUUCGUUGUUUUUUUUUUUCUUUGAAUGAGAAGUUAGUUUAAAUGUAAUUGGAGAAAGAAUUUCUCCUCAAAAGUAAAAAUGUUUUCCAAGUUUCUCGGGCUUUAGCUGUGAGGAACGCAGUUAAAGACUGACCCCUGGUGGUGAAAUACGGCUACUACAGCUGACACAGAAACCUCUAGUAGUCAAAACAUUUUGUGUCAUUUGUAAAUGUUUUAUCUAUCUAUUCUA